CUUUUUUCAGUGGAAGACUUACUGAGAACCUUCUGAGCAGCUGCCUCAGGCGCAGUGAGAUGUUGCAGAGGGAUAGAGAGAGUCCGGCAGAUAGAUUGGAACCUGAACUCCAGGGUUGGACCUUGGCGGAGGACUCUGAGAGUGACGAUGAGCCUGAGUACAAGAAACAGCUGUACAGCCUCUUCAGCCCCAGCCUGGCUGAUUCCUUCCUUCAGCCAUUGCACACAAAGCCAAUGAUGAACCCCAAUAUUCAACUGCUCCAGGAAAGUGUGAGAGGUCACGUGACUGCUGACAAUCUGUGGCACACCAUCAGAGAAGGUUCCAGAAGGCAGUGGUCCCUGGCCUGCUCACAGCACCUGCAGGAUUUGGCCAAACAGGCAGCAGCUGAGGCUGGGCAGCGGGCAUGGUCGGGGCUGGGCAGACUGCGCACCAUGGUGGAGAUGCAGCAAGGCCAAGCCAAUGCCAUGCUCAGUGCCAACCCACUGGACGACCUGAAUGACAGGACAGGCCGAGAGGGGCCCAGGAGGUUCCUACCAUCAGAUUUCGUGCCCACUCUGACCGAGGCCCACACCAUGGCAACCAAGGAACUCAACAGAGAACAGAAAUGUGAACCACAGCAGCAACCGACACCAGCUCCACACGGACUGACAUGGGACGGGAAACCCUGUCGCUUCCUGAUGGAUGAGGAUGUUUCAGCCAUUGAACAUUCCGCGUGGUGGAGACACUUAAACGAAGAGAAACUGCUGGAACCCCCACUCGCAAUGACAACCCAAUUCUCCUUAAAAGACGCCUUUCCAAGAAACUCCGAACAACUCUGGCCUUCAGUUUAUGUCUGUCUCAUUAAAGAGCAUUAGUCUGA